AUGGAAAACGAUAUUUUUCAUGAAGAAAAUAAUGCUAUAUACAUAACUGAAAAACCCAUUAAAGUUGAACAAGAAUUACAUACAGAAGUAAUAAUUAAAAAUGAAAUAACGGAUGGAAAUUAUUUCGACGAACAACCGCAAGAAAUUCAAGCCAAGGGAAAACCAUUUUCAUGUGAUGUGUGUGAAAAAUGUUUUCCAUGUGAUGUUUGUGGAAAAACGUUUACUCGACAAAGAAAUUUGGAUGAACACAAACUAAUUCAUACUGGAGAGAAACCGCAUUCAUGUGACGUUUGUAAUAAAACUUUUACCCUGCGAUGUAAUUUACUUAAACAUAUGCGAUUUCAUACUGGCGAUAAACCGUAUUCAUGUGAUAUUUGUCAUAAUACUUUUACUCUACGUGGAAAUUUAGUGAAACAUAAACUAAUUCAUACAGGUGAAAAACCGUUUUCGUGUGAUGUUUGUGAUCUAUCAUUCAGUCGACAAAGUUAUUUAGUUCAACAUAGUCGAAUUCAUACGGGAGAAAGACCUUAUUCGUGUGACAUUUGUGAUAAAACAUUUACGCAGCAAAGCAGUUUAGUUGCACAUAAACGACUUCACUUAGAAAAACCUUUCGCGUGUGGUGAUUGUGAUCAAACGUUUAGAAAUCAAAGCCAUUUAAUUAAACAUAGAAGACUUCAUACUGGAAAUAAACCAUUCUCAUGUGAAGCUUGUAAUAAGAAAUUUGCAUAUAAAAUUUCUUUAGUGAGACAUCAAAAAACUCAUUCAUUCUAG